GUAUUGUACAGUUCAUAUUUGCAAUAGUGAUCAAUAGGGAAACUUUUUUCCCCAUGAUGGAAGGCCCUAUGGGAAGAGUAGUUCUUUUGAACUUUCUCUUAUUUCUGUUUGCUUCAACAACAACAAUCUGUCAAGCAAAAAACAAGAUUACACAUUUCGAAGUGAUUGGCAAUGGAGAAUGCGCAGAUUGUGCAGAAAACAACAUCCAUACCGUUGAAUCCUUUGCAGGGCUUCAUGUUACCAUUGAAUGCUUGUCUGGGAAGGGAGAAACGAAAAGAAAAGGAGUCGGAAAGCUUGACAAAGAAGGGAAGUUCAAAGUUACAAUUCUCGACAAUGAAGGACUAAAGGAGGGUGAGGAAUGCUACGCUCGGCUCCAAAGUGCGUCGAAAAAGCUAUGCCCGACCCAUAAUGAACUCAAGUCUUCGAAGAUUGUAUUCAAACAGGAAUCAAAUGGAAAACAAGUUUUCAGCACUUUUGGGAAACUUCGAUUUUCAACAACCACAUGUGUAUCUGCUUUCUGGUGGCCACCUUAUUAUUACCAUCCACUUCCAAAACUCCCACCUUUGCCUGCAUGGAAGAAACCAUUUCCACCUUUCCCUUCUUUCCCUCCUAAAGUUUACCCUCCAAUUUACUUUCCUCCUAAAGUUUACCCUCCAGUUUACUUUCCUCCUAAAUACACUAAGCCUCUUCCACCUCCCGUCCCUGUUUAUGAAAAACCAUUGCCACCUCCUGUCCCUGUUUACGAACCACCCGUUCCAGUUUACAAACCAAAGCCACCUGCCCCUGUUCCAGUUUACAAACCAAAGCCACCUGCCCCUGUUCCAGUUCCAGUUUACAAACCAAAGCCACCUUCCCCUGUUCCAGUUUACAAACCAAAGCCACCAGCCCCGGUUCCAGUUUACAAACCAAAGCCACCUGCACCUGUUCCAGUUCCAGUUUACAAACCAAAGCCACCAGCCCCGGUUCCAGUUUACAAGCCAAAGCCACCUGCCCCGGUUCCGGAAUACAAACCAAAGCCACCUGCCCCAGUUCCGGAAUACAAACCAAAGCCACCGGUUCCAGUUUACGAGCCAAAGCCAAUUCCUCCGUCGAUUCCAAUUUACAAGAAACCAUGCCCACCAAUUAUUAUCCCUUCAAUUCCACCAAAGUAUUUUAACCAUCCCAAGUACCCAUUGCCACCAUACCCUCCUUAUGCAUCUCAUCCUUAAAAAAAUAAUAAUUAUUCUCAUUAUGAUGUGAUUGUUUCAAGUCUUCAAAUGCAUUAAUAAGGUCUCCUAGCUCAACAACCAUAAACAUAUUUGUGAGAUAGAGAGGUGGUGAUAUUAAUUAUAUAUGGAAAUUAUAUUAUUUAAUUAUUGCUUGGGUUGUUAUUUUAAUUUUGAGUGAUAGCUGUAAUUGUUUGUGAGGUUGUGAGUUUCUGUAAAUUUUUAUUAUUGGUUGUUUUUAUUAUAUCA